AUGGCCAGUUGUGUCUGUAGGGAUCUCCAGCCCAGCCAGAGUCUGAAGAGAGAGAUGUGUGCGUUGGGAGAGGACUGCAGCCUACAGCCUGUCACUAUAGCAAUGUCUUUUGUUUACUUUGAGAAGCUGGCGUUACAGGGUCGACUAAACAAGCAUAACAGGAAGUUGGUGUCAGCCGCCUGCAUCCUGUUGGCUCCCAAGAUCAGCAGCGACUUCAAGCAACGGGAGGUCAAGCACCUUAUCGAUAAACUUGAGGAGCAUUUCCGGAUCGGCAGGAGAGAGUUGAUGAAGAUUGAGUUCACUAUCCUGGUCGCCCUGGAGAUGGCACUGUACAUCCCUGAGAGCAAGGUCUUGCCACAUUACCGCCGCCUGGUCCAGCAGCAGCCGUUAUAG